ACGUGCAGGAUCUCUUCAGGUCUUCCCAUGCAGCCACUGUCCAGACGCAAAUGCUAUGUACAUCUGCAUAAGCGACUGGGCGACUGGCGGGGUGGGACCAUGAUGUGCAGCGUGAUCCUCCGCGCCGUCGUGGGUAGCUGCCCGUCUGCGCACGCGCGCCCAGAGGCGACGCAGAGCUCGCGUCGCGCAGAGAGCGUCCAGAAGAAGCCCCGAGCGGCCGCUAGCGCAACCCAGACGAUCUCAGGAUCAGGUCGCCAAGGAGCCAGCAAGUAGUUACAUGUCCAUAUACACGGCACCGAACACAACCAACCAUUACUCUUGGAUGCAAGCCCAGCUGGGCAAUGCGGCCCCUCGGCUCGGCCCCAGGAGUCGUCGUCUUGCAGGAAGGGGGCAGGAGCGCCCGCCCGAUGUCUCCGAAUCACAAGCACGGCGAGGUCAGCGGCUCCGGUCCAGCUGCUACGCGACCAAAAAUCAGCGGACAAGGACUUAGGAGAGAGCAGCACCGUUCAUUAUGAUUCUCUGCAACUCUCGCACGAACAGG